AUGUCUCAAAUCGAAAAACUUCUUUCUGUAAAAGGAAAACCAAUGAUUCAUCACGCAGGUUACAUCUACGCUGUAGAACGUACAACAUCGACGAAAUUGAUCUUUCGUUGUCAGAACCGAGAUUGUAAAACUCGAUGUCAUACCAAUUUAUCUAUGGACGUAUUUCUCUCACAACCAACAGCCCACUGUCGUGCUCCUCGACCUGAUCGUGUGCCUGCUAUUCAAUUAAAAAAUGAAAUUAAAGCUCGUGUCGUAAUAACAGAUGAAUCAACCAGCUCCAUUAUUCAUUCUGCUUUGCGUACGUAUCCGUUGAGUGCUGCUGGUGAACUUCCAAAAAAUGAAGCACUUAUGCUAAUGAUUCGAUGA